AUGCUGAACUUCUCUUUCCGUGAGGCUGAAAGAACGACUCCAGUUGAAUUAGUAAGUGCUUUCUACUUUUUUCCUCAACUGCUUCCUUCAGAAAAAAAAGCAUCGUCAGGAAGUCCCCGUUACGGCUGAAGGGUGUUUUUCCUCUGACUUUGGUAAUUUUUUUGGAUUUCAUGUAAAGUACUUCAUCGAUAUAUUUUCGAUCUCACCCGACGGCGUCAUGAUGUUCAUUGCAAAUGGAUAACGAUGCUUUGACCAAAAAUACGGAGAACGGGUACGACGCAAAAUGUCUGCGAAAUUUUUCAAGUUUUUUUAUAUUUGUAAACUUUACACGUUCAUCAACUUUAUGAGCCUCAAAAAAAUAUCUUGAUGCACCCAAAUUAUUUUAUUUUUUUGUGUCCGUCGUAAAAAAAUUCAGCUUUAAAAAAAAUACAGCUUAUAUAUUUUUAGCCUCAAAAAAAUAUUACUCGGAUUUGUCAUGCUCGCGAAAUUCGGCUGACGAGUAGUGUUUUUCGAAGCAGUUUUUUUCGGACUUGAAAAAUACGUUCCGUAGUUUGCUUUUGAAAAAGGGGCUGAUAAAUUUGAAGAACCGUGUUGUAUCCCUGCACAACAAAAAAAUGUAAUGCUUUGAUCAUAAUUGUGAACAAUCAGAAUCUCUUCGCACUAUUUUUUUCUUCAUUUUGUGGCCAUUUGAAGUAAAGUGAUAAAUGGCUCAAAGUUUUUCUUCACGAGUAAAAAAAUUUCCUCUUUUUCAAAAAAACUUUGUAUGAGAGUCUUCUGUUUAAUUCUCUAUAAACUAAUUUUUAAAACUUAAAAAAAUUGACUGCUCGUCGAUAUCACUUCUUAAAUGCGUUGGAGCUUUAAAAUUUCUCUCUUCUUUUUGGUAUUUUGAAGCAACAGAUAACUCUUUGCAUAUUAUCGAAAAUUAAAAAAUUUUAAAUUUUAAAAUUUUUUGGGUUUACGAGCAGCCAGCUUCAAGUUUCCUUUAUUUCUUCGGAUUUUUUUGGCUUACAUUUUUCUAAGAUGUAUUGUUUGGUAAAGUUUUUGAUGUUCUGUUAUUAUGAUCUUUUUCGAAUCGAAAGAUAUUGUUUUUAAAUUAAGUUGUAAACUUUGCAAGCGUUUCCUUCUUACAUCUCAUUUUUUUCAAGUUCUCUUCAUGUUUGAUUUUUAUAUGUUGAUUUUAUUUCCAUUAAAUUUUUGUAUUUGUGAAAUAAUAAAAGUUGAUAAAAUAUUUUUUUAGUAUAUAAAAAAAUAACAAUAUUGGAGGAAGGGAAAUGAUUGAAAAAAAGGGGGAAUCUGCGCGCUAUAGAUAACCCUGGCGAAUUUCUGGCGCGUUUUUCGCCAGCUCGCCGCGAUAUGGCGCGCCAGCUCGCGAAAGACGGGGCGCGCGCUGGCGAAAGAUUGGCGGAAAGCUGGCGACUGGGGUCAGAGUUAUCCUCAAUGGAUCUCAAAAAUUGUCUUUUUUCCUAAGCUGGCAUCAUUUUUUGAGUGUUUUCUAAGUUUUUAAACGGUUUACCUAUCCUCUUAAUCUACGAAAAAAAUAAUCGGAACAACGCGAAAAUUUCAAAAAUAUAAAAAAAGGAAUAAAAAAAGAGAUGAAAUUCGAAUUUCGAAUAUUCGAAAAAAAAAAAUUAGAAAAAGUCAUUCGACGUAAAACUGCACUCGUUCUGCAGGCACAUGACGCGCAAGAAUAACAUUUUGAGUAACUUUUAAAAAAAUGUUUUUUUUUCUUUUUGAUGGAAUUGAUGGAACACGUUUUUAAAAACGUUUUUCGAUUCAUUCCUGGGAAUUUCUCGCUCUCAAGAUACAUUUUCCUGCUUUGCUCCUUUUUUUGAUUUCAAGCUGGUGAAUAGACGAUAGAACCUUUUUUCUUGAAUAGAAGUAAAAGGGUAUUCUAUAGGAUCUUUUUUCAAAUGAAAACUUUUUUUCAAUUUGAAGUAUCGGAGUGCAAACCCGCAACUCAAAAACACAGAUGAAAUUACUCACCCCUCCGAAAAAAACCGGUACUCUAUCCGAUCCUUCUUUCCUUUCCAAUAAAUCCAAAUCGAUUUGCCCUAUGAUCCAAUAAAUAUUUCAAUUUUUUUGCUUCGAAUUGAAAUUUCUUUGUUCGGAAUUUGACAAUAUGUUCAUUUUGAUAUUUUUUUGGGUCAAAUUUAUUUGUUUUUUUGCUUUAUUUGCUGUAUUUUUUUCAUUUUGAAGCCGAAUUUUUUUCAUAUUCGUUUUAAAAAUUCUCUUUAUACUUUUAUUUUUUUAAACGUCGUUCUGAUCGAAUAAACGUUGGAGAAUGGCUAUUUUUUUCGAACUUUCGCAUAUUCUUGUAAAAAAAAGGUUGAUUUAUUUGGAAAUUUUAUUUUUCCAGUCUUCUCAUAAUGGCCAAUAUUGUGUUGGUAACACAGCCUCAGCCCGAUUUUUUUGAAAUUCACAUUUUUUUCUCCUGCUUUUUUUCUUAUUUUUUUAGUCAAUGUUCUUUAGAAUAUUUUUGAAGUCCCUUAUGAAUUUCGUCAUUUUUAUCAAUUCGAUCUUGAUUUUUUUAUUUUGUCUUCCAAUCUUCAUGUAAUUUUGUUCCAUUUAGAAAUAGAAGAAUGUAUUUUGUUUUCCCCACGCGUUUUCAUGCAGAAAAACGAGGUUUUACCUGAAAAAUCCAUUUUUCAGCCUCCUCCCAAUGGCCAACAUCGUGUUGGUGACCGAGCCGCAGCCGGAUUCCAAAUGGUUCGGUGUAUAUCCGCCGAAAAUCGGACUCUACGCCUACCUGGGCCUGAGCGCCUUGACGGCUGUGUUCGGCCUGAGCCAGGGCCAAAUUUCGGCCGGAGCCCUGGUCGGAGGUCUCAUUUUUAUCGAGGCCUUUGCCAUUUAUCGUGACCACAAACAGCUUCUCCUACUUAUUCUCGUGCUUCUCACGAUUUCCGUCGUCUUGCUAUUUUUCCUCGAUGGGUUUCUGUUAUUCCUGUUGAUCUUACUCAGCAGCGAAAUGUCGAAGUAAGUCAAAAUGUGAAAAAAAAUGCGAUUGAGACGAUUUUGAGCGAUUUCUUAUGGUAAAAUAAUGAAAAAAUCACUUUUUUAGUGCCGAAAUUAUAUUGAUUUCGAGAUUGCUACUGAGAAAACAGUCGAAAAAUUUUUUUAAUCUGAAACCUCAAAAAGUUAAAAAAAUUACUUAAAGUUCCGAAUAAUUCAAAAAUUUUUUUAACUUGAUAGUUUUCUUCGGGGAAAAAGUUUAUAAGUGUAAUAACGUUUUUUUGAAGAAAAAUGUGAUAAUGUUAAGGUUUUUUUAGCCGUUUUUCAAAAUUUUCUGGGAAAAUAACUGAAAUUUUUUUCAACUUGUUCUUUAUUUCAUUUUAAUUUUUGCGCUGUUGAAAAAAAAUUUUUAAAAUUUGUAAAAUUCCUCGAAAAAAAGAGCACUUCAAAAGUUUGAAAUAAAUGAAAAUCUUUUGUUCUAAUUCAAAAAUCGUUUUACGGUUUCAUCAAAGUUAUGAAGUUUGACAUAAAUGAAUUUAAAACUAUUCGUUUGGAGUCCCAUUUAAAAAAAAACAUCGAAAAAUGAUAAAUAAAUGACUUUUUUCAGUUUUCGAGAUUAUUUAAUUUCAUAUGAAAAUAAACUCCAGCCUUUAAAAAAGAACUGAAAAUGUAAUCUGAUGUAUUUUGAAACUUGAAAAAGUUGAGAUUUGAACCAAAAACCAAAAAAAGUAUAUGCUAUUCAUGACUCAGCAGGAGCCUCAUGAAUAUCCCAGGAGAGUUGUUCUUGUUUCGCGUUUCUUUGAAGCUUUAAAAUAGUUCACCCGAAACGGAAAACUUUUUCAGUUAAAACUGAAAAAGCACGAUUUUCAAAUAAAAAUAGUUUUGCUUUUUCUAAUUUUCUGUUGAUUCAGAUCUUCAAGGAAUCCUUUAUUUUAGUGAAGCUAUCAAAAAAUUUUCUCGAUUAAAAAAGAUUCUAGUGCAUCUAGGUUGAAAAAAAAAUGAUAAGAAGUGGUCCCUAUAGGAGUUUAGAGUCUAGCCCCAAAGCACUUAAAGCUCAAGUGGUCCCUUUAGUGGUCUUUCAACUUUUUCUUCUGAAUAUAAAACGAGAUUUGGACCUCUAGGAUGCAUCUCUAGAAUGGCCAAUUUUACAAGCUUUAGUGACCCCUAUAGGGGUCGUCCCUUGAAUGGGACCUACAGGAGCCUCUCCAGUGACCACUCUAGCGUUCCUCCUACCUUUUCACACUUUUUGAGCUUUUUUUUUCUAAAUCAACCGAUUUUGAGAGAAACUUCCGGCGCAGAACUCGAGAAAUGGAACGAGGCGAUGCGGGACAUGCCCCUGAGAACCUAUGUAGUGGUGAUCGCGAUGGGACUCCUUCUCUCGAUCCACAUAUGGGUCCUGACGCGAAAAGUCUACGAGCACGCGAAACGAAAGCACAACCGGCAAAUCGCCUACGCAACGGUCGCCGAGGCUCCCAUUUUGACCGGAAAAGACGGAGUUUGA